UAUAGUUGAAAAAAUUUUGUUGGGUAGCUUUACUUGCUCUAUAAAAUACUUUCUCAUCUAUACCGGAGGAGGAGUAAUUUAAGGGUGUCCUAAAGGUGUGUCCACCCCAUUCUCUCUCCCAAUCCUCGCCGCCACCGCUACCACCACCACCACCAUCACCAUCAUGUCGGAAAAGGAGUGCAGCCUCCACAAGCACAAAAAACACAAACUCCUCCGCCGCAUAUUCGCCGGAAUCCUAAUCACCCUCUUCAUAAUCCUCAUAAUCGUCCUGAUAAUCUGGGCCAUACUCCAACCCAAAAAACCCCAAUUCAGCCUCCAAGACGCCACUGUCUACUCGUUCAACAUCACCGCCCCAAACUUCCUCACCUCCGCAAUCCAAAUUACAAUCUCCUCCCGCAACCCCAACGAUCAAAUCGGCGUCUACUACGACAAACUUGACGUCUACGCCACGUACCAGAACCAGCAAAUCACAUACUACACCUCCAUUCCUCCGACCUAUCAGGGCCACAUGAGCGUCAACGUCUGGUCCCCCUUCGUCUCCGGCACCACCGUCCCCGUGGCUCCGUACAACGGCGUCGCUCUCAGCCAGGACGAGGCCGAUGGAACAGUCAAUCUCUUGUUCAAAAUCGACGGUCGAGUUCGAUUCAAAGUCGGAACGUUCAUCUCCGCUCAGUAUCCUCUCUUCGUUAAAUGUCCCGCGGUCAUCACGUUUGGGAGCCGGAGCACCGGCGUCGUCGUCGGUGACGCCGUUAAGUACCAGAUGUUUCAGAGUUGCAGUGUUACUGUGUGAUGGAAUGGGACUCAGUUAACGCCGUUAAUGUAUUGCUACUCUCUCUCUAUGGAUAUAAAUUAAUGUCGUUACAAUUUUUAUUUACUUUUCCUUUCUUUUUUUUUUUAAUUUUAUUGAAUUGUAAAUUUUGCUGAUGGAUACGAAGAGGAGAACACAAAAUAGCAAAAUUACAAUAAUAUUGGGAGAAAAUUUAAGUUAUAAAUGAUGAUGAUGAUGAUGA